UACUCUCACCCAGCUCAGUGCCCAAUGCAGGCCUACUGGUUGACUUGUUUUUGAAGUUUAUCUCUAGCAACCAUCUUCUCUAUGAGAGAGGGAGAUGAUAAAAUGUGCUCAAGUAAACUAUUUAGUUCUGUACAGGGGAACUAAGGAAGUUGGAUUUUUAGAAAAGUAAGGUUGGUAACAUACAUGUGGUUUCUAAACCACAUGUCUGGAUUAUCAAGGACUUUUCCCUAGACUUACUUGCGUUUUGUUCUACUUAAGUGGUAGGAGAGAGAAAAAGGUUUAGAAACCAUUAAAAAGCAAGGGGAAAUAAAACCAAAAUAAGUCUAAAAAGAUGUUAAAUUAGACAGUACCCUCCAAUACAGGCCUAACACUCCUAAAUAUGUUCACGAGAUGUGAAAGUUAGUUCUAAAUAUAUUCAUGAGAUAUGAACAUAGUCCUAAGUAUAUUUGCACCAAGAAUAUCACUUUAGGUUUUAUAGAGCCUGAAUGGCUGUAGAAAUCAUCUGUUUCUCUGGUAAUCCUGUGUAGUAAUGGCUGGGUAAUGUAGGAACUGAACCUUAGCUAUGACAUGAACUUCUACUUGACACCUGAAUCAGGAAACCAGACAGUUAAUUUAUACUCUAGUGUAUCCAAUAAGAGGCUUUUUUGACUCAUGGUAUUGCAUCACAACAAAGGAGAGAGCUUGAAUUUGUCUUGCCAGUGGGUGUUUUGGGGAGAUUACCAACUCAGAUUGUUUAGCUGACUCACUGAGUUACAUGACUACUCCUAUUUUCUAGUGAUGACUAAAUACGUAUUAUAGAAAUAUAGUAAACCUGGAAAACAUUCAACAACAACAAAGGCAUUAUUUGAAGGACGGGAACAAAAAUAGUGAAGUUACUGUCAGUUGAAGAGCUGAUUCCACCACUAGAACAUCAUUUGACACAGUAAAGAAAACUGAUCGGGUAUCGCAAGAGAAUUAACAAGAGGAAAACACAGCUUGCUUUUGUCCCUGAAACCUUGGCUUGGUUUUUAGAACUUCAGCUAUAAAAAUGGGCAGAAUUUUCCUUGAUCACAUUGGUGGUACCCGUCUGUUUUCUUGUGCAAACUGCGAUACAAUCCUGACCAACCGCUCAGAACUCAUCUCUACUCGGUUCACAGGCGCCACUGGCAGAGCAUUUCUUUUUAACAAGGUAGUUAACCUGCAGUACAGUGAAGUUCAAGACCGGGUCAUGCUCACUGGCCGCCACAUGGUUCGAGACGUGAGCUGCAAGAACUGCAAUAGCAAACUGGGAUGGAUCUAUGAGUUUGCCACUGAAGACAGCCAGCGCUAUAAGGAGGGCCGUGUGAUCCUGGAGCGCGCUCUAGUGCGAGAGAGCGAGGGCUUUGAGGAGCAUGUACCAUCCGAUAACUCUUGAAGAAAAAGAGCUAACUCCAUCUCUUCCCAGGUCUCCUUCACUGAAAACAAAAAUCUACUUACAUACACUGUCACCUUAGCAUCAGGGUCGGAUUCAUGAACUGCGGAACAAGAGGUUGUGAGAAUCUAAGAUGGAACCUUUCUUUCUUUCUUUUUUUUUUUUUUUUAAUUUUCAAUUUUCCAUCCAGCAGCAGUGUGUAGAGAGAAUAUUAUGCAGAUGCUGUUAAUUUUUUUUCCCCUGUGUUUACAUCUUGAGGCAGAAUAGUCUAUCUGCAGCUACGUGAUGGGCUAUGUGAGGAAAAAAAUCUGGGCUAUUAGAGUGAAAAAGUGUGUUGUAUGUAAAUUUUGAAAGGAAAAAUGUGUCAAGAGCAUGGUUUUUAAACUUAUUUGGGCUUCAUUUAAAAAAAAUUUUUUUUAAACCCAGUUAUUUCACUUGAUUUGCUAGCUUCAGGGAAGAGAUCCGAAUUUGUGACCAGCGCUAAAGGUUCAGUGUUAGUAUGGCUUGUGCUGGCCAUUGUGCCAUAUUCUUGUUGGAGAUGAACCGUAGCACCAGAGCCCAUCCUUCCUUGUCAGUCUUGACCCAAAGAUGUCACCAGUCCUAGUUAUUUGUCACCACGUAAUUGGUGUUGAUUGGAAACUUUUCCUGAAAUGGGGCAGAACUGCUUGGUUGUCUUUUCCAUGUAACUUAAGCAUAGUAAUAUAAAUAAAGUGAUAGUUGGAUGUUUUUGGUCCUGUGUUGCUUUUAAAAACACCUUUUAAAAGAGCAGAGUAUUUGAUAAGUAAUUUUCCUGGUAGUGUUUCUUUUCAUCUCUUAAGCUAAAUUGAGUGUGUAGAGAUUACUUUGUUUAAAGCAUACUGUUUAAACUCCUAGUACUGCGUUAAGAAAAGAGUUGAACGGAAUGUCUGUGCAUCCAUGCAGAAAGCAUUUCAUCUGCAUCUGUUUUAAAAGAAGGGGAGAAAUGAAGGAGCCUAUCUAAAAUUACUGCUUUGCAAAGUGUUUUCAGCCUGUCCUCAGUUUUGUGUUGAUUUUGACAAGUCUGUAGAACCUAAUAGUUUCAUCAAAGCACUAGAUCUGUCAUUAGCAUUAUUUUCUCAGAUCUACCCUCAGAAGUUCAACUAUUGAAAUUUAAACUGUACUUGGUCCUUUCAAGCAGAAAGGGAUCAAAUGUGACUCAGGGUGUUAUUUUAGCCCCAAAUUUACAACAUUAUGAAGUAUUAAAGUAUAAAUGUUUCUUUAUCCAAACUAUUUCUAGAUAUUCUAGUAUUUGUUUCUGGUGGAAUAAAUAACAUUAAAAUUGGCUAAUUAUUUAAAAUGUGUGAAUGGAUGUUUGCGUGCUCAAUCUCUAGGUCUUUGUCUAGAAAGGAUAUUUGCCUCAAUUAGCAAAAUCUUUCUGUCAUUGGUAUUAGAAGUGACUUCUGAGUACAGUUAAGAUUAAGUUUCUCUUUUUUGCCUUCGGGCUUUUGGUUAGAGGCAUAGGUCUCUGAUGAAGUAGGUGUAUAAUACUGCAUUUGAGAGAAGUGGACACAAAUGAUCUUUCCUUCACCGUGGAAUAAAUCUUCAAGCUUUAAGAACCAGCUUUCAUUCCCAUCCAUUUCCAUACUGGCCUUGGAUUACAUGCACAUCCCCGCUAGCCUGCCUUAUCUGCAGCACUAUGAGCAUUUGCUGUCACAAUAAAGUAUAUUUUGUCUUGCA